AUGCCUAACGGCAACAACACGCAGACCGUCCUUCGGCCCGACUUCGGGGACGCGGGCCUCCCGCCGCUGCCUGAAAUCCAUGACUCGGCGAUUCGAACGCAGGUGUUCACCCAUCGCUCCUUCUACGCGCGCCCGAAUCACGUCUUCGAAGACCAUCCGAGCGACCCUAGCCCUGAUAACGAGAAAUAUGAGCAUCUGGGCGACACCGUGCUCGGACUUGUCAUCACGAGCCUGCUGCAGAAUGUAUAUCCGAACUUGCGCGUUGGGCCGGCGACCAAGAUUCGCGCGCUCAUGGUAGGCAAUACGACACUGGCUGACAUUUCGAGGCGCUACGAUCUCCCAAAAUACCUGCUCCUCCACGCCGCACAGGCCAUAACCCUGCGAGCCUCAGUUCACAUCCAAGCCGACGUCUUCGAGUCCUACGUCGGCGGCGUAUACCUUGAUCGCGGCCUCGAUGCCGCCCGCGACUGGCUCCGCCCUCUCUUUACGCCCUACGCCUACGAGGCCUAUGCCCGCGUGCGCCAGGACCACGGGUUGCCCCCCACCAAUGGCCCCCAGCCGCCGGGGCUUGCUUCCGGCACCACCUCCCCCGCGUCGUCCUCACCUCCCUCGGUCCCGGCCACACCGUGUAACGGCCUCAACGUCCCAACCCACCUUGUCCUGUCCGGCAUCAGCACUGGGCUCGUGGGCAAUGGCAACCUGGCCCCAGGCGUGUUUGUCCCUCGCUGGGCGAUGGGCGUCCCCCGCGCGUCGCGUGCCCCGCCCACGACGGGACACCUCGCACUGUUCAACCAACACGUGCAGCGGCAGAACCGCGAGGUCGAGUGGAUUUACUCGGACGGGACCGCCCCCGGUGCUGGGGCGCGCACGACGCCGGUUUGGGCCGUGCGGGUCCUUGUCGAUGGGAAGGAGCUCGGGCGUGGGCGCGGGAACACCAAAAAGGCAGCCAGGAAUGAGGCAGCCAAGGAGGGUCUCGUCGCUUUGGGUGUUGCUGCUCAAUGA